AUGAGCGUUCACACGCCCACGGCAGAGAAGCCGCUCCCCGACUUCGACAUUGUCUCCACCUACCGCUCCAUCCUCGCCGGCGACACCGAGCUCACCAUGCCCGUCGCCGCCAUCGAAGCCCUUGUAGAAGCCAUAGCGCACUCGAGCGUAUCCACCGUCGCCGAAACCCUUGCCCUCCUCGAGCACCACACCGCCGUCCUCAAAGCCUCCAUCGCGAAUCCCAUUUCCCUCUCCGCGGGCACAGAUCUCUUUCAGCGGUACCUCAUUACCACGCUAAAUAGGCCUGCGGCUUUGAACCUAGGCCCAGGCGAUGAUUUCAGGGCAAUUAGGAAUCACUUAUUGAGCAAUGGGAGGUUGUUCGUAGAGCGCGCGAAGCAGAGCAGGGAGAAGAUCGCCAGCUUCGGCAAGCAUUUCAUCCGCGAUGGGGCGACGGUGCUCACCAACGGCGGUUCAAGAGUUGUCGGUGCACUGCUACGACGCGCAGCCGAAUCCAGCACCAUGCGUUUUCGAGUCGUAUACGUCCUCUCAGAUUCGAAGUCGUCGGAUCUCAAGGAGGGAGACCAGAUCGUAGCCGACCUACGGGCGCACAACGUCCCCGUCGCUACAAUCCCCGACUCUGCCGUUGCCUACUCCCUCGGCGAAGUCGACAUGGUCAUUGUCGGCGCGGAAGGCGUCGUCGAGAACGGAGGCAUCAUUUCGAGACUGGGAACGUACCAGAUGGGCUUGCUGGCUAAGAGCAAAGGAAAGCCUUUCUACGUCGUCGCAGAGAGCCAUAAAUUCGUCAGGCUGUAUCCGCUCAGCCAGUUUGAUCUUCCCAUCGAGCAGAAGGUGCUCGAGUUCCGGGUCGCCGACGACACCAAAGGCGCGGCUUCCAAGGCUUCGGAGGACGAGGGCAUAGCAGACAUGAACGGCACAAAGGCGAAGUGCUCAGGCCUCAAUGCCGACGAUGCUGUUGACUUCACACCGCCCGAUCUCAUUUCAGGGAUCAUCACAGAGUCCGGCGUGCUGACGCCCUCCGCGGUGUCAGAGGAGCUGAUCAAGAUCUGGUUCUGA